AUGACUUGGUGGAGCUGCAGCCUCCUGGUGACGCUCCUCCUUUGUGCAGCCGCCAUCGUAAGUGGAGGACAGCAGGAGGUCUCACAGAGACGCCUGCUCAUGGACGGAGACCAGGGCAGCAGUAACAGCAGCGAAGCAGGAAGGGCAGCUAUCGCCGACCAGCGCCCGAAGCCCCUGGAGUGGUCCUAUUUGGCUGCGAGCCUGGGCACGGUGCUCAGCCUCUCCCUCCUCAUCGUGGCGGCGGUCAAGUUUCGCCUCUUCCACCGCUUCCUGGCCAGCUACAGGCACUCGCUGCUGCAGGAGUCCGACGGGGUCAGCCAGUGCGGCCCGGACGACGGCCCCUUCCCCAGCAGCGUGUCCGGGAGGAUGGACGUGGUGGGGGGCACCAACGGCGGCCUGGAGGAGGACGACGACGGCUUCAUCGAGGACAACUACAUCCAGGCGGCUGAAAAGGAGAGGGCAGAGAGAGGGGGGGAGGAGGGGGAGGAGGAGGAGGACAGCGACGAAGAUCUGCAGUUUUCUAUAGCCUGAUUAAUUCAGUGACGGCUUCAGCAAAAACACCCCAAAUUAAGGAGGUUUUAGGAGCGAUCUUGACGGGCAGUUUGAAGCAGCAUCUGUUUGCAACUCACAAUCACAGCUUUGAUGAUUCCUCACAAAACACCAUUAAAAGUGUCUCGCGUGGCAGUGAUGAGACAGAAAUAAUACCCUAAAAGAAGCUUCUUCCUAUUGAAUGUUCAGCGUAACUAAAAAACAGACUUUAACCUCCUCAUACUCGAGCUGUCGCUUAUUCAGAACCGCGGUCCCAAAGCCCGGUUUCGGGUCAGGUGCAGGAUGCGACGGCUGCAGGUGCCGGGUCGUGUGAAGAAUGUGAAGAAUGCAUGAGCGUUUGGACCUUAGUCUAGAAAUGAAUAAUUGCACAAACGUAGCAAAUGUAGAGGUUUGACCUUUAACUGUGCUGAUGUUUAUCUGCUGCUGCCAUUGUGUGACUGUACAUAAUUUAACUGCACUAAAUGUCCCACUGUUCAGAUUUCAAUAGCAACUGAAUUACAUUCAGUGAUACAGAAAGUGAUUUCUGUGAAUCAAAAGCAAAUGAAACAGCUUGACACUACUUAAAUGUACGUCUGUAAUUACUUUAAUGCUCGUACUUACAUCAUUUCAUAAAUUGAAAUUCCUUA